AUGGAUAUCGAACUGUCUACGCCAUGGACUCUUGCAGUUGCUGCUGCAGUGCUGUGUCUCUUUUACUUGUUGACCAAAAAGUUUUUGUUGAAAAGCGGCAACCGUCCACCUGGGCCUCGAGGAUGGAAAGGGUUUAUGGAGAUCUUGCAAGCGGGCCGUGACGACACUCUAUACGAAGCAGCCUGGGGGUGGGCGGAAAAAUAUGGAGACAUAACUUUCUACACUGUGUUAGGUCAGCCCAUGUGCAUACUUAACUCGUCGGAUAUCUCCCGGAGACUCUUCGGCUCGGACGAGUACAAACUGCUCACAGCAGACCGCGACCCUACAGUGGUAUCAGAAUUAGCGUGGUAUAAUGGGAAGGAGCUUUUCUUCACACCUUAUAAUUCCCAAACCAGACAGAAGAGAACUUUGUUCCACAAGGUAAUGGGAAUCCACGGGGAAGGCGUGGACAAGUUUGAAGGUGUCGUUGGUAAAGAGCUUGACCGUGUUCUGAAGAAGAUGGACACUAUUAGAGCUACAGGCCAGGAUAUCCCAAUAACUCAGAUUUUGUCGAGAUCUCUGAAGAUCAUUUUGUACGUGCUGAUCAAAGGUGACAUCGAUCCUGAAAAACUCAGCCAAGAUGUCACCGAUACGAUGGAGCGCUACGACAAUGCAAUAAACCAGAUGUUUGACAUACAAACUGUUACAGCUCUCACAUUCUUCCCGUUUCUUCGCAAAGUCGGCAAGUACAAGAAGAUUUGCGAUGACGUCGUUGAAAGUAAAGUCGAAGCUGAGAAAAUUAUGUUUGAAGAACUUAAGUCCACGUACCAAGAAGGCAAAGUGCGGGGUAUGGCCGAUGCGUUGCUCCAUUUCCAGAGCCAGCCCGGACACGAAUGGCUGGACGAUGAGAAUAUCAAAGGCUUCCUCACCACUACCUUUUUCGGGGCUCACAUGACGUCACGAGCUAGUCUUCUGAACAUGGUACUGACCUUGAUCCACCACCCAGAGGUGGCACGUCGGAUACAGGAGGAGAUCGAGUCUGUGCUCGGGGAUCGAAGACCACGAGUCGAGGAUCGGAUGAGUAUGCACUAUACGGAAGCCGUGAUUCUUGAGAACAUCAGAUUUGUUAGCCAGGUCCCUCUCAGUGGCCUACGCAGUGGUCGUGAGGACAUCCACAUUGAUGGAUACGUUAUCCCAAAAGGCACGCGGAUCAUGGCGAACCAGUGGUUUUUUCAUCAUAACCCUGAACUCUGGGACGAUCCCUGGAAGUUCAAGCCUGAACGAUUUUUAGAUGAGAGUGGGGUCAUACUGCCAGCCAAUCAUCCAGUGCGUAAAAAGUUUCUGGCCUUUGGGCAUGGGGUCAGAAUGUGCCCUGGUGAGGCGUUUGCAAGGUCCCGUAUUUUUCUCUUCACGGUGAUGAUCCUCCAGAAAUUUGACCUCCUUGCUCCGGAGAACGAACCUCUACCAUCCUGUGACCCGAGAGAAAACCUGAACGGGGUCGUAAGACAGGCACCGCCGUUCAAGUGCAGACUGAGGAAUCGCUGA